GGCCCAUUAUUUCGCACUUAAGGUGUUAAGAGAGAAUUCUUAUAUUCGGGGUCCAAAAAGUCUUACCCGCAUUUAUAUGCCAUGUCGACCAGACUAAAGUCAUUCCAAAAUGAGCAUUUUGCUGAUCAUGACGAACCCAGGUGCUGAAAUGAGAAGGUCUCGGAAAAGCGAGGUCCGGCGGUACAACAAGUCCGCAGUUCCCCGGCUCCGGUGGACACCGGAGCUCCACGAUCAUUUUGUCGAGGCCGUGGAGCGGCUCGGAGGAAAAUACAACGCGACACCGAAGCGAAUUCUGCAGAUGAUGAGCGUAGAAGGACUGAAGAUUUCUCAUGUCAAGAGUCACCUUCAGAUGUACAGAAGUUCCAGGGAUGGUAGCAAAGUGGCUGGUGCAGUCCUUUGGCCAUGGGAAGGCUCUCAUGUUCAUAGAGCAAAUGAUCAAGAAAAUGAUGAGCCUCAAAUCAUUUGCACCAACAGGGUGGUGGAUGCAGAAUGCUAUGAAUGGCCUUUGCAGACAGAGAAAGUGGAUGAUAAUGAAUACGAGGAGGCACAGACGUCAAGGGAGGAAGAUGAUGGUGAGGUAAGCGAGAAUUGCGAUCUCGCGCUUUCGUUCAAUUCCUCGGUGACGAUGCAAUGUGUAGCGGCAGAAGAUAAAGAGCCGUCAUGGCCAUUGAUGGUUGACAAUCACAUCUUCCAGUUUGGUUCCGACGGCGGCGAUCAUCCUCCCGAAACCAGUCACUUGAACUUGGACUUAAGCAUCUGAACAAUUAAGGUUUCACCCCCCCUUACCAGCCUCAGCUAGUGUUAGAAGGAUAUAGGCAUUAUAUUGAGACCUUAGCUCUCGUGUUAAUAAUCCUUUAGAGACAUUGGCCUUCAUAUUGAGAGUGGUGGAUUUAUUAAUUAGCCAAUGUUCCAUCCGUUCCAGUAUUUUGUUCUGUAUGUAUGUGGACGCCCAGAGUUACCUAUGUUUAUUGAUGGACAGAAGAAGUUUUAUUUGCUCCA